GCCUUCUUCGUCUGCCUUGUCGUAACCAUCGGAUGAUUCUGCAGGCAUGUCGGCAGAAGAGUCACCGUCCGCCACCUUGCUCUAUCAGUUCCGAUGCUCUGUUUGAUUCUGUAUGAGAUCUUGUUUUGGAAGCCUUCAACAAAGCUUUCUCCAUCUGGUCCAGGUCGUCGUCACUUGAAGUUGUCUUUGGGUGCUCCGCUCGAUUCCACCUGGUCCUGCCGUACCGGUACAUUUGGUGGUCUCAUGGACGCGGCCGCCGAUGUCGUGGUCGCAGUCACUUUGGACAUUAUCUUGGAACAAAACGCCGCCGUCGCGGUGCCACCUGAAGUGGACUAUUACCGAAAAGCGCAUGCAGUCAAGGCUGUCAUCAUGCACGGAGGCGCUACAUCAGCAGAGGCUCUGUUCCUGUGA